CAGAGACAACAAUCCCAACGAUGUCGUCCUUUCGUUCAUCGGCUUUCCAGUCCCUUUCCCGGAGCAGGACCUCUUUUCUGCGCUACCAGCAAAGGAGAUGGGCUCAAGUACACGACGUCCGCUUCCUUGCGACGCACCAUGAUCCUAAGCAGGUGCUGGAUAGGUACAAGGCCAAGCUGGAUCAGAAAGCCAAGCAGGAGGGUCACGAAAACGUCGAAUCGCUGAAAGAUGCCUACAAGGACAAGAUCCAAGACUUUCGUCGUAGAGCAUCCACCUCAAUCACUCCCGAACCAUCGACGCCGUCUCCAUCCGCGACCGGACCUCCUCCACCCCCAACGCCACCUCCUUCCCCUCAAGCUCAGGCUGCGAUCAAGGCUGCGGCCUCGGCGAAGUCUGGUGGUAUCAAGGGUCUUGAUUCUUACCUAGAUGUGGAAAAGAUUCGCGCUCUUCCGCCUAAGGAGAUCGAAUCCCUGUGGCGUCUUCGACACGCCAACAACUCCCACUCCAUCUGUGCCUGCAUCCCCGUCGACACAUACCAGCGCAUUGUGGAUGCUGCUCGCCAGAACCCUCAGUUUAUCCUGCCUCUACCGCGUGAUGCGACGCAAUCCGAAACCGCUGAGGGUGGGAACAGCGACAAUGCCAACGGGGGCGCAGACAUUCAUUUCCUUCAGUGGGCCUUCCACCCCCCAGCCUCGGCACCAUCUCCAUCUGCCACUCACGCCUCACUCGCCAACUCUCAUACUUCCACCAUCAUUUUCACGCACCUUGCCGCCUACAAGCUGCACGGCUCCUUUGCCCAACCGCAUACCACUAUCACCCACCAUCUUGAUCUCGCCGAUGACAAGGGACUGGUUCUCAUGCAUGGUCAAGUGAUGCCAGACUCCGGUGUCUCUGUGACCGAUGCUAGUUGGUUGGUCAGCUGCGUGCAGCGAUUCUAUGACUUCGGUGGACAAGCUAGUGGCCGGAAGGGAGAACUGUUGCGCAUGUUCACCCGCGGUGACGUGCAGAACUUCAAGAUUGAAGAACUAUUGGCCGAAGCCGAGAAGGUAUAGAUGAAUGACACGCAUGCGGGGUGCUCUUUGUACAAUAGCCAAUUCAUGAUUGU